AGUAAAUUCCCCUCAUUUUCUAAACAACGGUGGAGGGUUUGGUGGUACAAUAGGUUUGGUGAGGGGAACCCAAGUGAAAAUCAUUUGUUGUUUAAUAGCAGCAGGUCUAAGUUGUUAAUGGCGCUUAAUAGUUCUGGUUCUACUGGCGACAAGCCACCUUCUUCGAGAAGAGGGCUACUUCUCUCAAGAAGAACUGCAUUUCAAUUGGCCAGAUUUGUACCAUUGGUCAAGAUAACAAUUAUAAGAGGAGGAAAUGGAACAUUGGGGGGGGGGGGGGGAGGAGGAUUAAGUUGCAGGUUCAGGUUCGUAUAUGAUUUUGCAUAACCUUUGUAGUUUCAGCAUUUCAGCUUAGCACCAUAACCUGAACAUCAACUUGUUUUGUCUUUCCCAAUAGGAACUCUUUCCAUUUGUUUUCUUAGUUCUCCAAAAUGAGUAUGUAGAACAUUUAUAUUCUUACCUGGUUUCAAGCUGUUUUUUAAAAUUUAAAGUACAAC